AGUGAAUAUGUAUGUAAGGCAUGUAUUUAACCCAUACAGUUAAGCUCGUGGUUAAGCACGUUUGGAGGAGCGAUCCCCCGUGCUUCCAGCGCUGCAAUAAAGAAUACUGAACUCCAUCACCGAAUGUUCAAUUUGUGAAACAAUCUGGCGACCCAGAUGGGACCUGCUCUGCUCGGCUGCAGGACCCGCUGAGAACAGGACUCCCUAGGGUACCCCCGGGAUUUUCCCGGAGGGACUCCUCGCCUCACUCGGAUCACUGCGGGAGCAGACAAGGACACCAUCUAAAGGAGUGUGAGAAAGCCCAGCUGGUCCAACAACGCGUGACCUAUCUAGGACUAGAAAUCUCCGGAGGACAACGGGAACUUGGACCUGAACGGAAAGAGGCCAUCUGUCGAACUCCAGAACCACAGACGGUAAAGGAGUUGCGAACUUUUCUGGGAAUGACAGGUUGGUGCCGGCUUUGGAUAUACAAUUAUGGAAUGUUAGUCAAACCUCUGUACGAACUGAUAAAAGGAAAUCAGUCGAAAUUAGUUUGGACAGGUGAAGCACGAAAUGCAUUUAAGCAGCUUAAACAAGAACUAAUGAGGGCCCCUGCCCUAGGGUUACCGAAUGUCUCCAAACCGUUUUGGUUGUUCUCCUACGAGAGACAAGGAAUUGCUUUAGGAGUGUUGGCACAAAGACUUGGUCCCUACAAACGAGCAGUGGCUUAUUUCUCUAAACAAUUAGAUGAAGUAAGCAAAGGCUGGCCAAGCUGCCUUCAAGCUGUUGCAGCAGUUGUAAUUAAUAUCCAAGAAGCCCGAAAGUUUACUAUGGGCCAGAAAAUAACAGUACUAGUCUCUCACACGGUAUCAGCGGUCCUAGAACAAAAAGGGAGCCAUUGGCUCUCACCCCAAAGGUUUCUGAAAUAUCAAGCAAUAUUGGUAGAACAAGAUGAUAUAGAAAUUGUGGUUACUAAUAUUGUCAAUCCAGCCUCUUUCCUCAGUGGGACUCUAGAUGAGCCAGUGACACAUGAUUGUAUUGAAACCAUGGAAGCCACUUAUUCAAGCCGACCAGACCUUAAGGAAGAACCUUUGGAGGAUGCAGAGGACUCCUGGUAUACAGACGGGAGCAGUUUCCUGCAACAAGGACAACGUAAGGCUGGGUAUGCCAUCACAACAACUCAACAGGUAAUUGAAUCACAACCAUUACCCUCGGGAACUUCGGCCCAAAAAGCAGAAAUAAUUGCUCUAACUCGGGCAUUAGAGCUAGCAAAAGGGAAGAGGAUAAACAUCUGGACGGACUCUAAAUAUGCGUUUGGUGUAGUACAUGCUCAUGGGGCCAUUUGGAAAGAGCGAGGACUACUGACUGCCCAAGGAAAACAAGUAAAACACGCUGAAGAAAUCCUAAGACUAUUAGAGGCUGUACAACAACCGGAGAGAGUGGCCAUUAUGCAUUGCCGAGGACAUCAGAAAGGAAAUACUGACUCGGAAAUUGGAAAUCGUCUGGCUGAUUAUGAAGCCAGGAGAGUGGCGAAAUCAGGAGAAAAGGUUUUAUCCUUAAUACCAGACGGUAAAAUCCAAACUACUUUUUCAGGACAACCCUUGGAGGAGAAGUGGGAAGGACCUUAUCAAGUCUUACUGACGACUUUCACUGCUAUCAGGAUCAAAGAACAGCCUGCCUGGAUCCACUAUUCGAGAGUGAAGAAAGCACCCGAGAAACCAUGGACGGUCGUCCCUACAGGGCCCACAACUCUGCGGUUCUCCAAAUCAUGAUGGUAAUGGAGGCAUUACCUGGCUCAAAUGGAGC